GUCCUUGGUAGGCAUGUCGAUCCAGAUCCGAAAUCGUCACAGACUCUAUGCAAACUGAAUGAAUGGUUUCACAACUGCGUAACAAACCACGCUAGCACGUGCCAAUCGGUCUCCGCCAAGCAACUUCCAACCAGGGUAAUUAACGUUGGCUCUCGAGAAGGCCAUUCGAAAUUGUUUUUAUACGAAACAAAAGGCGAAAGUGGGCAGUAUGCGGUCCUCAGUCAUUGUUGGGGAGGUGUCAGACAUUUCGUAACAACGACGACAAACUUGGACCAGCGCAAGCGCGGAUUCACUUUGAAUGAGUUGCCCCAAAACUUCCAAGAUGCUGUAUUCAUUGCAAGGAACCUUGGGUUGCAAUAUUUGUGGAUUGAUUCUAUUUGUAUAUUCCAAGAUGACACAAACGACUGGCAAAACGAAGCAGCGAAGAUGGCCGAAGUAUACAAAAACUCAACCAUCUGCAUAGCAGCAGCGGAUGCAGCCACAAGCCACGAUGGGUUUCUACACCAUCGACCUUCUUCCGCUCUCUGUAAGCUUCGUAUUGACAAAAAGCGGACUAUCUGGGCUCGCGGUACAGAUGAAACAGAACACAACCAGCCUUGUUUGAGAACGGUCUUGGACGACUUCAAGAAAAUGACAAAAGAAUGCGCAUUAACACGACGUGGAUGGACUCUACAAGAGGAGAAACUCGCCCCCCGAGUAAUUUGGUUCGGCAAACAUCAGAAUUACUGGCAAUGUCAUUCCGCUAGGAUCCCGGAGGGGACUUUCGGCGAACUUCACAUAGACGAGUGGGAAAAGAUUUACAAAUACGAGCAGACCUUAAUUCAUGAGCCUGCAACUCUUUCUGCAUCUUACCGUUGGCUCCUAAUAGUCGAGGACUAUACAACCCGAAAAUUAACGAAGCCAGAAGACAAAUUUCCGGCAAUCGCUGGUUUGGCUCGAGAGUUUUCUACUAUUGCCGAUGACAAA